GUCACACUAUACGUCAUACAGCGGACUCAUCAUCACAAAAAUUACCUUUGGGGAUAACCUAAAAGAUCAAUGUUUGGUUUUAGGCUUAGCUCAUAUAUAAACCUUAAUGUUUAAUUGUUAUCAUAAUAUAACUGACUGAAAAAUAUAACACAAAAAAUGGGUCGAAGAUCGAUAAAUACCACAAAAAGUGGGAAGUAUAUGAAUCCCACCGACCAGGCGCGAAAAGAAGCUCGGAAAAAAGAAUUGAAAAAAAAUAAGAGACAACGACAACUUGUUAGAGCAGCGGUAUUGAAAGGGAAAGAUCCUAGUCAAAUUAUUGAAGAGAUGGAAAAAAUAGAUCAGAUGGAGUACAAUGUCAUGCAGCCUCCGCCAUUAAAUGAGAAGGUUUUAAAAGAUAAGCGUAAAAAGUUAAAAGAAACUUUAGAUAGAGUUUUGAAGAUGUUUGCAAAGGAUGAUCAAGAAAAGUGGACAGAACUUAAGGAUCAGAUGAUUCAGUAUGAACGAAGACGAUUAGAACUAGUCUCAUAUUUUGAAGCUGUACGACAUGCACAGCAGGUGCAGGUUGAUGAGAUACCACUACCUUCAAGUGGAAAUCAAGUUUAUACAGGUCCCAUGACAGCACAAAUACCAUUGCCUGAAAUGCCGCCAAUGCAUUCAUAUCCACCACAUUCUCAUUAUUAUUCACAACAUCACCCACUCGCCAAUAUUCCUGUACCACCAAGUAUCCUAAAGAAGACGAGUAUAUAUUCAUCUGUUAACAAUUCUACAAUGAUGCCAACAAAUAGGGAUCCACCAGGAGUUCCACCAUUUCCUCCUCCAGAUAUAUUUCUCAGUGAUGACGAAGACGAUGAUAGAAUGAAAUCGUCUCAUAAAUCGAAAACGAUUCGUUUUGCUGACGAGGAUCGUAUGGAUGAUGAUAAACGAGAAGACCUGGACGGUAAAGAAAUUGACAAGGACAAAGAAAAAGACGCGGCUAAGAAACCAACCAGCCUGCAACAGAAAAUGUUGGUAAUGGCUGGUCAGGAUAUUGAGCAGUUCAUGAAAGAAAUGGAAGUGGUUCACAAAAAAAGAGAGACAGAACGAGCUCAAGACUUAAAUGCGCGACUAUCGUUACUGGAUGGUGAUUCUGGCAAUCAAGAUCAAAAUGACAAAAAUACUAACGAUGUUCCUGCUAUGCCGGCACCUCAACCUCCAAUGCCCUUGAUGGGAUUACCGCCUCCACCUCCGCUCAUGUAUCGACCAUCAGCUCCACCUUUACAUUUAAGGAUACCGCCACCGCCACCUCCACGCCAUUCCAUGGGAAUAAGACUUCCACCAGGUCCUCCGCCUGGUAUGCCGAGAAUGAUGCGGCCGGGUGGACCAAUGCCCAUGCCACGGGUAAUGGGACCUAUGGGACCUAUGGGACCAACAGGUAUCUCUGGGGUUCCUAAUGCUCAGAAAACUCCAAAUGUUCUUACUGCUGCACCGCAGUUGAUUAAUGCAAAGAAAGAUAAAGAAAGUGGCAAGACGACGAUCGAGGCAAAACCACAAAUCCGAAACCUAGCUGCGGACGUAACAAGAUUUUUACCUACCUCGUUACGUGUUAAAAGGAUAGACGAUAAGAAGAAACCAUCGGUGCCGACACCGAUAAUACGAAUACCAGAGAGGAUGCCUCCAGAACUUCCAAGUGUACCAAAGCCGGUACAGCAACCAAAAACCAAGGACGACGCAUAUAUGCAGUUUAUGGCGGAAAUGAAGAAUCUGCUGUAAUACUUUUCUUGACGGUUUGCAAGAUUUUAGAUUUAUUUAUAGGAUAAAUAUAAGAAGUCUCCAUCGACUUUUUUUGUACAAAAAUUAUAAAGACUAGUAAUACAUUGUAACAAAAGAAUAUUUUGUUACUUUCUCAAUUCAACAUAAUUUUGAAAUACUCCGAUAUUGACACAGCAAUGAAAUAGAAAAAAGUUCCAUCAAUUAGAAGUAAGAUGUAGAACUGACGUAAAAAGAGUAUCUUACUGUAUCUAUGUAAAAACUAUGAACACCCAGAGGUAAUAAAUAACCUCUUAAUGAGCCAAAAACAAUAGUGUCAUUCAAGGUUCGUACACUACUUUAGGUAGGCUCUGUUAAACAGCUUUCUGACUAAGUUUGGCAGCAAAAUGCUUGCUACGAAUGACUAUGGUGAGCCAUCUUUUCUUUCAUUAUACAUAGAUGGAGCAUAUGACAACAUUGAGAAGUUCAUAAACAGUAGUUAUGUGCUACCCUAUGUGGUAGCAUACCAUUUUCUUACAUAUUGGAAAGAAGUUUAUAAAAUAUAAAUCUUUAUGUAUACCUGUGUAGGUAUGUACAUCUAGUGGUUUUCUAUCCAAGAUGAAGAUCAAAAACUUCAAUAAAAUACUUACUAUUUGUUUUCAGAGAAUUUGAAAACACGAUUACGCAGAAUUGGUAUGGAUUGUACAAUUUUCGUAAUAAGCACGAUUUGAAUUGUAUAUUUAUAUUAGUUUAUAUCUUCGGCCCCUACGAAGAGUAGUAGAUUUCAGAACUCGCAUCGAAGACUAGUACGUUUCGAUGUUUGCCGCGAAGACUAGCACUUUUCACUUUCGCAGCGUAGAGUAGUACAUUUCACGGCUCAAACUAAUGUUCUUUGUAGUAUGUGAAAAACGUAUGAUAAUGUAAUAAUUUUUGUACUAGCCGUCUCUUUGCAUGUAAAUGUUAAUAUGUACCACUUUGGCGUUCAUGAAUAUCAUCAAUUGUUUAAGCAUAAAGCCCCGAAACCGCAAGUGUUUUCGUGAAAAGUGCUAGUCUUCGUAGGAACCGACGAUAUAUGAUCCAAGAAAGUGUUUUAUUCUUGAAUUAUUUUAUAUUUUCCUAUGUACAGAAACUAUAAAAUAAUUACGUAUAUGCAUGAAAACAUUUCAAAGAUUGAGCAAAAGUGAAUAACGACGUCCGUCGAUUUUGUAAAAAAACGUUUAUUAAAAAUAAAUGCUGUAUCUUGUAUGUACAUAGAAAAUA